GAAUUUGUGUUUUGUGACUGUUUCUUUACUCCAUAAGAAUAGAGGAUUUAACCAAAUCAUCCCCUUGCGACAAAGAAUUAUUGUAGACGUUCCAAAAAAUCCAAACCACAUGGCAAUGAAAGUUAUUUCCAUUUUGUGUGCCCUUUUGACAGUUUCACAAUGCUCAAAUAUUCUGUUUGUCACCAUUUUUCCAAAUCCCAGUCGUCAAGCCUUAUUUCAACCAAUUUGGAAAGAACUUUCUUUGAGGGGCCACAAUGUGGUUGUCAUCACACCAAAUCCUUUAAGAGAUGAAAAAUUAACUAAUCUCACUGAAAUUGACAUUAGUAAAAUAUACAAUUUACUGUGGAAAUACGAUGAUGAAGAUGUGGAAGAACUACGAUAUCAUCUUACACUGCCGAUAGGCCUUUCAACACUUGUCACGAGAAAUGCAAAAAUGACCAAAUUAUUUAAUAACAUCCACAAAAUGGUUUUCGAUUUGCCAAAUGUACAGGAUUUUUUGCGUAAAUCCAUGGAUUUCGACGUUGUAAUUACAGAAUCACUGUAUCCAACCUUAACUGCAUUUGGACCCAAAUACAACGCUCCUCUAAUUGGACUUACCUCCUCAGGCGCGCCAAUCCCAGGUUUAGACACCGUAGGAAACCCAACACAUCCCAUUAAUUCUCCCUACCAUAAUUUUCCAGUAGGACGAGAUAUGUCGAUCAAAGAAAUAAUUUUGUUCACCAUUUGGGCAGUUUACCUCAAAAUUAACUAUUAUUUCAUUGUGUUGCCUAGAGAAGACGCCUUGGCUAGAAAACAUCUGGGUAACCACUUGCCAUACUUAGGCAAUGUAGAGUUUAAUUUGAUCAUUAGGAACAAGAAUCCCAUUUUCCCAAAAUCCAUGCCUAUUUUAGAACCAGUAGUUGUGGAAUUGGGUUAUAUGCAAAAGAACGUGUCCGAAUUGGAUGAUAAAAUGAAAGAAUUCUUAGACCAAUCUAAGAACGGCGUUGUUUAUUUUAGCUUGGGAUCGAAUAUUAAGCCUUCAGUUUUACCACCGAAAUACAUAAAGGAAAUUGUUGGGGCCUUUAGGAAGCUUUCUUACGAUGUUAUCUUUAAAUGGGACCAAGACAUCUUGGAGGAUAUGCCAAAGAAUGUAUUGAUAUCGAAAUGGGUACCACAAGAGGCAGUACUACGCCACAAUAAAACGGUAGUGUUUGUGACACAAGGAGGCGUGCAAUCGUGCGAGGAAGCAAUAAUUAAUGAAGUUCCUAUUAUCGGAAUACCUUUCUUUCCUGACCAAAUUUCCAUUGUUGACACAAUGGUGGAAUAUGGUGUUGGAAAACGAAUGAACUAUGCCGAAUUGACAGCGUACCAACUUUCUGUUCUUAUUGAAGUGGUCAUAGAGAACCCAAUUUACAAGGAAAAUAUAAUAAAUCUCAAAAAAUUGUACACUGAUCAACAAACUGAUGGCUUGGACGAAAGAAUCUGGUGGAUUGAGUAUGUAAUCAGACAUAAAGGUGCAUCACAUUUGAAAAAUAGUGGAAAGGAUGUUUAUUGGUAUCAGAAACUCCUGUCGGACAUGUUUUCAUUUGGAAGCUUUUUAUUUGUUGGAGUGUGUAUGGUUUCUGCCUAUUAUUUACUGUACGUGAUGGCAAAACAUAAUUUGUUGCUUAUUUUUUAUCUUUUGCGUAAGUUCAGAGAAGGCGUGAGGUACGCACGUACCUUGCCUUAAUUUUAAUAGUGUUUAUACAGAUAAGUUGUAUUAUUAAGGCACUUUGGGCUGUUUUUAAAAAAAAAUAAAUUGCAAAAAAUGUGAUAAAAAACACAAACAAUAAAUCUUUGUUGGCUCUUUUUGGAACUGUAAGUGACUAACAAUUUUUUUUUCAGCAGCAAGAUAUUAAUUGAUUUGGUUGUUUUAUUAACUAUUAGAAAACUACAAUUUUAUAAUAUACUCCCUAAUUUUUAGCGUUGUUUUCAGUAUGAAUCGGUUAUUAUAAAAA